ACGCGUUGAAGAAAUUUGUAGCCAAGAUAUAGGUUUUAAAUUUACUAUUUUUGAUUUUAAGUUCCCUUUUUGAGGCUUUGGUCAAAUUGUGGUCAGAUGCUUACAUCUUGUGACGUCACUGACAGCUCUCGUCGUCUGUCGUCUGUCUAUUGUUUUGUUUGCGUAGUUGUUGUUGUUGUUGAAAAGGUGUGCUGUUGUUGUUCGAGAUUGCAACAAGUGGUCAUGGAUGGUGUUCAACUUGGAUUUGAACCACAAUAUUGCUAAGCAUGUCGGAAUAUUGAAAAGUUUUCAAGGCCAAUAUAAGCCGUUUCUAAAUUUCUUCAUUGUGAUUGUACAUUUCGAAACCAUUUAAAGAUGUCAGGACAGGCAGAAAUUGACCUUUCAGAGGUUCCCAUAGCUGCUCUGCGUGAUAGAACUCGUCGACUCCUUGAAGAAUCCCUGAAUGAAGCUAGAGUUCUCCCCACAGAUGAAAACAUUCCAAGAGAUUGGCGGGGGCUUGCUCAUUUUACUGGAAUUAACACAUUAUCCCUAGCAAAAUCAACAAAUCCUUGUUCCGAAAUAUUAAAACUAUGGGAUGAAGACAAGCUGUCAAAAGGAGAUAAGAGACCUUCACUGAGAGAUCUGCUGAAUAUAUUUGCCCAGAUUGAUCGAUGGGAUGUGUACGAUGAUUCAGAACCAAUGAUGUUGGAAGAUGCAACUCAUUACACCACAUCACUUCAAGUACAACCAGUCGUUAAGGAAACCAUUCAGCCUUUUGAAAAUGGCUGCUUGACACAGAAGGAUGUUGAACGUUGUCGGGAUGGACUCCCUCUUCUGAAGUAUGAUGCAUUCUUGCUGUAUGCAGAUGAAGAUCUCAAGUAUGCCAGAAUGAUGAUUGAUAAGUUGGAGUACGAAUACAACCUUCAGCUUGUUGUGAAGGAUAGAGACUUACUCACAGGUGUAGGUUUUGAGUUCAAAGCUAUCACAAAGUUGAUUGCUGAGCGUUGUUCUUGUAUGAUUGUCAUUCUCUCUCCAAAUCUUCUUAAAAGUGAAGCUAACAUGUUUUUCUUGGCCUUUGCCCAAUCACUCAGCAUCCAGCAGCAGCAAAAGCGCAUCAUACCCUGCAAAUAUGAACCUUGUGACCUUCCACCAGAAAUAAGUUAUCUGUAUUAUCUGGAUUAUCAACGCUCGUUAUUGUUUAACAACUUCUGGCAGAGAAUCAGCAGCUCAAUUAAGGCUGCUAUUGAUGCUCCUGUUCCACAAAAAGUGAGCCCUCAGUUGAGCACUACUUCCAGUCAAAGUGAGGCCAGAUGUACAAUAACAGAAAUACCAUCAGAAGAAAUCCAACCGGAUGUGGAGUCAACUGUCACUGAGGAGCAAACUGCCAUUGUGAGAAUGUCAGACCCAUCAACUCAUUUUCCUGGCAACAGUUUAGAAAACUCUACAGAGAAGAACUGGUUUUGCAGCAAAUCUUCAAUAAAGAGUGAUGACAUUUCUCAGCCCUCAAAACCACAAGAUACUAGUCUUAUUAGCCGUAUUAAAAAGAUUAAGAAAAGUAAAAAUUGGUUUAAAAAGAAGAAAGCAGUGGCUGUUGAGGCAUGACCUUACUGACCUUACUGUAUGAGCAUAAAUGUAGACUGUUCAGUAUCCAUUAUCAUAGUAAUCAGUACAUUGAAUCUCUUGCGUGAUCGUUUAAUAUAAGUAUGCAUUUCCUAGAAUCUGUUUUAUCUUUUUGUUUACAUUAGUUUUUAAAUAUAUAUUAUUCAAUGUUUUGAUUUUUUUAAAUACAUGUUUAGUAAUUUAAAAAAUCUCAGUUUUGGAGUGCUGGCACUUCUUAAUGAAAUUGACUGAAUUCAGAGUACUCCUUGUUUAACGUAUGUCUUCUGACUGCUUAGUUUGUAAACUUGUAUUUUUACCUAUUUCUAUAUUUUAUAGGUAUGUUAAUAAAAUUAACAACCUGUGGAAAGCAGUGUAUCCUGGUGGGAGGAAAUAAGAAACUGUUUGAUUUAAUCUAA